GCAGGCUAACGGACUGACUCCUGCAGGUGCCUGUGUCUGUAGCCAUGAUGUCACCACAGAUGCUGACCCCCCAGCAGAUGCAGCAAAUCCUGUCCCCCCAACAGCUGCAGGCCUUGCUCCAACAACAGCAAGCGCUUAUGCUCCAGCAGCUUCAGGAAUAUUACAAGAAGCAGCAAGAGCAGCUCCACUUACAGCUCCUCACCCAACAGCAGGCUGGGAAGCAGCAGCCCAAAGAGGCGCUGGGAAAUAAGCAGCUGGCCUUCCAGCAACAGCUCCUGCAAAUGCAACAGUUGCAGCAGCAGCACCUGCUCAACCUCCAGAGGCAGGGGCUGGUCAGCCUGCAGCCCAGCCAGGCCUCAGGGCCCCUGCAGACCCUUCCGCAAGCUGCUGUGUGCCCCACGGACCUGCCCCAGCUCUGGAAAGGCGAGGGGGCCCCUGGGCAGCCAGCCGAGGAUAGUGUCAAGCAGGAGGGGCUGGACCUCACUGGCACAGCCACCACCGCUACCUCGUUUGCCGUCCCCCCCAAAGUCUCACCACCCCUCUCCCACCACACCCUGCCCAAUGGACAGCCCACUGUGCUCACACCUCGGAGAGACAGCUCUUCCCAUGAGGAGGUACCCAGCUCCCACCCCCUCUAUGGACAUGGAGAAUGCAAGUGGCCAGGCUGCGAGACCCUGUGUGAAGACCUGGGCCAGUUUAUCAAACACCUCAACACUGAGCACGCCCUGGACGACAGAAGCACGGCCCAGUGCCGGGUGCAGAUGCAGGUGGUGCAACAGCUGGAGAUCCAGCUUGCCAAGGAGAGUGAGCGACUACAGGCCAUGAUGGCCCACCUGCACAUGCGGCCCUCAGAGCCCAAGCCCUUCAGCCAGCCAGUGACCGUCUCUGCAGCAGAUUCCUUCCCAGAUGGCCUGGUGCACCCCCCCACCUCUGCCGCUGCCCCUGUCACCCCACUCCGGCCGCCUGGCCUCAGCUCUGCCUCCCUGCAUGGUGGGGGCCCUGCCCGGCGAAGGAGCAAUGACAAGUUCUGCUCCCCUAUCUCCUCAGAGCUGGCCCAGAAUCACGAGUUCUAUAAGAACGCCGACGUCAGGCCCCCCUUCACCUACGCCUCCCUCAUCCGCCAGGCCAUUCUGGAAACCCCUGACAGACAGCUGACUCUGAAUGAGAUCUAUAACUGGUUCACCAGGAUGUUUGCCUAUUUCCGGAGAAACACUGCCACCUGGAAGAAUGCUGUGCGGCACAACCUCAGCCUGCACAAGUGCUUCGUGCGUGUGGAGAACGUCAAGGGUGCCGUGUGGACAGUGGAUGAGCGAGAAUAUCAGAAGCGCAGACCCCCAAAGAUGACAGGGAGCCCCACCCUAGUGAAGAACAUGAUCUCGGGCCUCAGUUACGGAGCACUUAAUGCCAGCUACCAGGCUGCCCUGGCAGAGAGCAGCUUCCCCCUCCUCAACAGCCCUGGCAUGCUGAACCCCGGCUCCACCAGCAGCCUCUUGCCCCUCAGCCAUGACGACGUGGGUGCCCCUGGGGAGCCACUGCCUAGCAAUGGCAGCAGCCCCCCACCUCGCCUCUCCCCACCCCAGUACAGCCAUCAGGUGCAGGUGAAGGAGGAGCCUGCCGAGGCAGAAGAAGACAGGCGGCCAGGGCCGCCCCUAGGCGUCCCCAACCCCAGCACCUCUGGGCCUGCAGAUGAUCGGGAGCUGGAGGAGGAGCUUCCGGGAGAGGAACUGUCCUAAGGGCCUGUAGGGGCUGGCAGGGGCGGGGUGAGACUCCGCCCUAGGGAACCCAGGCCCCACCCACCCCACUCCACAGCCCUGCCCACACCUCAAGGCACUUCCAGGACUCAGAUGUGGGGCUGGGCCUGCACCUCCCAUAGGACCUGAUUGACCGACGCUCAGGGGUAGGGACAGCCCUGCUCCCGAGGGGACACAGAACCCCUGGUCUGGCACCGGUAGAGGACCCAGACCCCUCCUCAGACCCUCCCCUACACCUGAUAACCGCCUCCCCCCAACCACCACCACCAGCAGCAGCAGGGCCCGCCCCCUCCACCACCAGCUCUCACCUACUGCGCCCCUCAGCGCCAUGGAGACCCGCAGGCGGGGCGAAGCCACCACCACCCCCCAAACCCUGGGCCCCUGGCACCUGGCUCUGGCGGUGUUUUUUUAUUUUUUGUUUUGUUUGGAGGGGACAGAAGUCGCCCCUCCUCCCCCCACCUCCAGCCUCUCAAUAUGUGCUCCUUCCCACCUUCUUUUCUGUACUGUGAAGAAAUAACUCAACCCCAACUCCUGCCCAUGUCCUGGCUUGGGGGUGGGGGCACUGAAGUUACAGACCGCCCCCCAAAAAAGCCCACCUGAACGGCUGAGCCCACCCAGAAGCCACAGUAGGGGUGGGACAGGCAGCCUGCACAGUGAAAGCUUGCACUGGACACAAGCUCCAGCCCCUCCCCUCACCUGAGCUGGGGCCUCACCCCCCAGCCCGGAGCACAGGAAGAGUCCCUGCCAGGUGGAAUUGGGAGAUGGGGCUAAAGUGGGGAGUGGGAGUGAGCUCCCUGGACGCUGGAGCAGGGGCCAGAGGUGGUAACGGGAAAAGGAAGGACCCACAACAGAAGCUGACCAGAGGGACAGGUGGGUAGGAGUAAUAUGGUGGCUGCUGUGACCCCACAGGUCACUCCAUUCUCAACCUACAGGUCCCCCCUCCCUUCCCCAGCACCCUUUCCCUGUGACCCCACCCCUACUCCCAGUUAAAGGAUGACCAAAGACCUUUCUUAUGCCGGAAGCAAAAACCAAAACUUUUUGUUGGCUUUUUCCUUUGUCGCCUCCCAAGCCUUCUGCUCAUCCCAUGCCCUGCCCCAGCCCCAGGCUGGAAGCCCUCCCUCCUCCACUUAAGUUAUUGUUUUAAACCAAAGUUUACAGUGUCUGUUGGUGGCUGAGACCCUCUCUCUCUCUCUCUACCCCUCCUUCACCUCACCCUGAGGCCCUAGGAGGCCCUGCUCCCCUCCCUCCACUCCUGCCCAGCCAGGGGGAAGGAAUGAGGGCACCAGGGAGGAGGUGACAGCAGUCAGCACCCCAGGGGGGUGUGCCCACCCAGGGCUGCUUCCAGGGGGCUCUCCAGUCCCCUCUGUAGGACCAAGUCCCCCUAUCUCGCUGGGAGUGUGGAUUCCAGCAAGGGAACUGGGGUGGGGGGAAGAUACCACAGUCCCCCUAUGGGGGACCCCAACUCAAGGCCAAGGCCUGGGUGUGUUGGAUGCUCUUGACACCCCAGACCAGGCCCCCUUUGCAGAGAAGACUCUUUGGACUCUUUCCCAAGAAACCCCCACAUACAUCCCUUUACAAGUCACCCCUCCCAAUAGGCAGGGGGCCCCUUUCCCCACUCCCCAUGUACUCCCCACCUGUGUUCAAGUUUGACCAGCACAGAAAUAUUAAACGUCCUCUAUUCACUGGGCCCGGCGUGUGUGACCGAAAGGGGGUGGGGGCAUGGUGAAGGGUGGUUAAAAGCAAAAGAAUGACUGGGGGACAGGGGACACCCCUUGAGGUGCGUGUGAGUGAGCACGCAUGUGAGCUUGUGUCGGGGACACUGGCCAGCCUCCAGAUCUUGCCAGGGGCAACCUCCAGCUCCUCCCUGCUUCUCCCACCCUGCUUCCUCUCAUCACAUUGGUUUCUUCUAGUAUUUUAUUUCAAACCAGAUCUUUACAUCAGCCUCCUGGUCUUUCUCCCAGGGGCACAGCUCUUCACACCAGUUCCUUCAUGGGUUUGAAAUCUAAGUUUCUGGCAGCCUGUUUUCAACAGGAAACAGACUGUUUCCUGGGGUGGAACAGAAGCCAGCUGAGGGGGCCCUCAUCUCAACCUUCAUACCAUGGCCAGCUGCCCUCGAGGAUCGCAACCCACCCUUCAUGGGGGCCACCUGGAUAGGUGUGUGCACGCGCAUACUCACAUGCACACACACCUACACAGGUGCACAGCCACAGCUCGGGGGCCAGUAAAGGAGUCACAUAAAUGCAUCCCAUGGUAGUCAGGGAAGGGAGGAGGAAGGGGCUCAAGCUGUUAAACCAAAGGUGGGUCCUGGCGUAUUGCACAGCCAACAGUGACUCUCAUUUCCACCCACCACCACCUCCCCACCAGCAGCCAUAGCUCAUUUCUUGCAUCCCAGGCACAUAACAUUUCUCUUCUUCCAGAACCUUCUAGAAGAGACAGCUAACAGGUACCCUAUGUAGUCCCAGAGCUAUGCAUUCUGACUCUGGAGGGAGUCUUGUGUGUGUGGAGGAAAGAAGGGAGUGUAUAUAAUUGUCCUUUCCACCAAGUUUUACCCAGCUGCUGUGGACCUGUGCAAACAAAUUGGAGGAGGGUUGGAAAGUGGGACAGGAAGAGGCUUAAGUGGGUCUUUGCUGACCGCUUUGUCUCAGGCCUGUCUUAUCUCGCUUCCUUAAAUUCUCUCUAUCACCCCCAUUCAUUACUUCUCCCCCUGCUCCUGCCCCAAGAGUCUGAGGGGACUUCCCUCUCCCUUCGUAGGAAAGGGAAUCUAGGGAGUGAUUGAUUAGGUCAGGCUAGGGGAGCUCAGCCCCCUCCUCCCUCCAGACAUUGUUACAGAUAAGAAGCACUACUGUGUAUUGUAACCUGUCCCUUUCCGCCCUCCUUGGAGGCUGCCAGCCCUGUACUUAGAACUAGCUGCAUGUACUCUGUGUGCACAACGGCAUUCUCUACAACGCAAUAAAACAAAUUACCCAUGA